AUGUCUUUUGAAUCCACUGAAUCAAUGAAACGUCUAGUAGAAGAGGCCUCACGAGUUGAAUUUAUACCUGGUGGAGCCUUAAAAAUCUACUUUCGUUCUGCUAAUUCCUUGUUAAGACAGGCAAAACGUUAUAAAGAAGAAAAUGAUCUGAUUAAGGCAUAUAAAUUGUAUAUGCGAUAUGCCACGUAUGUCUUGACAGAAAUUCAAAAUAUGAAACCGAUUUUAGAUAAUCAUUUUCGUCAAUUGGAAGCAGAAGCAUCGAAGGGAGAACAUGCAAUAGAUCAUUCAAAAGUUCUUAAAACAUCUGAACAUUAUAAUAGAAUGCAAAGGCAACAACAACUAAAACAAGAAGAGCAGCAGCAAAUUAAUUUAAGGCAAAUUGAUGAUAGAGCAAUUCCUCUGCCGGUUAAUGACAAAACAGUGCCUCCGCCGAUUAAUGAUAGAGCAGUUCCUCUGCCGAUUAGUGAUAGAGCAGUUCCUCUGCCGAUUAACAAUAAAACAGAUAUUGGAGCUUACAAAAAUCAUCCAAACUGGGAUUUAAUCAAUGAAUUAAAAGACAUUGUUCCAGCUGAUUCUUUGUAA